AUGGCCACCAAACAGACUGAGCCUGUUACCACCAUUGGCCUUGAAGACCUGAGCACUGAGUCCUCAGAGCCACAGAAAGAGCCAAAGACAUUCACGGUAGAAGAGGCUGUGGAGACCAUUGGAUUUGGACGGUUUCACAUAGCUCUGUUCCUAAUCAUGGGCAGCACAGGGGUGGCUGAGGCCAUGGAAAUCAUGUUGAUCGCUGUUGUGUCUCCUGUUAUCCGCUGUGAAUGGCAUCUGGAGGACUGGCAAGUGGCUUUGGUGACCACAAUGGUGUUUUUUGGCUACAUGGUGUUCAGCAUCCUUUUUGGCCUCUUAGCUGACAGAUAUGGUCGCUGGAAGAUUUUGCUGAUCUCUUUCCUCUGGGGAGCAUAUUUUUCCCUCUUGACCUCCUUUUCCCCAUCAUACAUCUGGUUUGUCUUUCUGCGGACUAUGGUGGGCUGUGGCGUGUCAGGACAUGCACAAGGACUCAUCAUAAAAACAGAAUUUUUGCCUACAAAAUACAGAGGUUACAUGCUACCCUUAUCUCAGGUUUUCUGGCUUGCUGGCUCCCUGCUAAUCAUUGGGUUGGCAUCAGUGGUCAAUCCAACCAUUGGUUGGCGCUGGCUUAUUCGCAUCGCCUCCAUUCCUGGCAUCAUACUUAUCCUGGCCUUCAAGUUCAUUCCUGAAUCGGCUCGAUUUAAUGUCUCCACUGGGAACACCCAGGCUGCUGUGGCUACUUUGGAGCGCAUCGCCCGAAUGAACCGAUCAGUCAUGCCAGAGGGAAAGCUGGUAGAACCUGCCUCGGAAAAAAGAGGAAGAUUUGCAGACCUACUGGAUGCCAAAUACUUACGGACGACUUUGCAGAUCUGGGUCAUAUGGCUUGGGAUCUCUUUUGCAUAUUACGGGGUCAUCCUGGCCAGUGCUGAGUUAUUGGAGCGAGACUUGGUCUGUGGCUCCCAAGCUGAGACACAGAUGGUGCUGAGUGAAGACUCAGAGGAGAGCAAGAGCCCUUGUCAUUGCCACUUGUUUGCCCCCUCGGACUACAAGACCAUGAUCAUCAGUACCCUGGGAGAGAUCGCCCUGAAUCCCUUAAAUAUCCUCGGCAUCAAUUUCCUGGGACGACGGAUCAGCCUUUCUAUCACCAUGGGAUGCACAGCUUUGUUCUUUCUGCUGCUCAAUAUUUGUACUUCAAGUACAGGCCUGAUUGGCUUCCUCUUCAUGCUGAGGGCCCUGGUGUCAGCAAAUUUCAAUACCAUCUAUAUCUAUACCGCUGAGGUCUACCCCACCACAAUGCGAGCUCUGGGCAUGGGGACAAGUGGCUCUUUGUGUCGGAUUGGUGCGAUGGUGGCUCCAUUUAUAGCCCAGGUUCUUAUGAGUGCUUCGUUCCUGGGAGCCUUGUGUCUUUUCUCAUCAGUUUGCGUUGUGUGUGCCAUUUCUGCAUUCACCCUCCCCAUUGAGACUAAAGGAAGGGCCCUUCAGGUUACCAACCUCCAUCAUCCACAACUCUUCCGACUUGGCCCCAACAUCCAAUGA